AUGCCGUCUAUUGGAACUCUACUACAGCUUGUCGGCUUGACCAGCGUCGUCUUGACCACUUAUCGAAUUCUUAGCAAUGUCUCGCUCUGGCUUCCUUUCAACACGAGCCUCAACCGCUACAAUCGAGACCCGCGUGCUUGGGCCCUGGUCACAGGCGCAUCUGCUGGAAUAGGACGAGGACUCACCGAGGAGCUUGCUGCAAAGGGUUUCAACGUCAUCCUGCUAGGGCACGAAUGCGAUGAGCUUCAAGAAACACGCGAUAGCAUCAUUGCGAAAUUCCCGGACACCCAGGCCAGGAUAUUGGUUGUUGAUGCGGCGCAGGCUUCACCUGCUGAGAUUGAGACAGCGCUGGUUUCCGUUUCGGACCUUCAAAUCACCAUCCUUGUCAACAAUGUUGGGGGCAUGCAAAUGAUUGGAGCACCAAGGUUUCGGAGACUGGAUCAGUACUCGGCUGAGGAUCUGGACGGCGUCGUAUUCCUGAGUGCUCGAUUCAUGGCUCACGUCACGCGCCUUUUGAUCCCGCUUCUGGCAAAGAACGGCCCGUCCCUGAUCAUCAACGUCAGCUCCGGUGCUAGGAUGGGCAUGCCCGGUGUUGCUGCUUACUCUGCUACGAAGGGAUUCGUAACCUCCCUCAGCAACGCCGUGGCCAGGGAGAUGAAAGUAGAUGGACUCCCAGUCGACGUGCUAGGUAUUGUACCCGGUGAUGUCGAGUCACAGUCGAACAAUGUUGGCCUGCAGCCUGGCUCUCCUAGUUCGAGACAGUUUGCCAAGGCGGUGAUGGAUCAAGCCGGACGGGCUGCUUCCAGAGGACUUCUCGAGAUUUGCCCAUGGCCUAUCCACGCAAUUCAGAUUGCCUUUUUCAACUCCUUGCCCUUGUGGUUGUCGCAGAAGUUGAUGUUUGACGUAUUUGAGAAGAAGAGGGCUGAAGAUGGGUUGAAGAAGGAUUGA